GUAUUGAAUUGAGGAUUUUAAAGUGUUUUGGUAUUUCUUUAAAAUCUCCUGUUAUUCAACUAAUGAUUUCUAUUUUUUUCUUCAAAUCCUGUGUUAUUGAAUAUGAUAUUUAUCUAAAGUAGCUUAAAAUCACUUGUAAUCCACUGUUAUUCAAUUAACAAUUUACUAAAAGUAAAUCAAAUCUACUGUUAUUCAAUGAUAAACAAUUUUAAAAGAAAAACUUUAUGAAAUGGAUUUGAAACUAUUUUUUUUGUUAUUUUCAGUCAAAACUAUCGUUACACAAAUCCCACCAUUGUACCUGUUAUUUGGAAAUACCCAAAAUCAAAUAAAAAAUUGACCACACCUAUGAGAACAGAGAGAGAACAAGAAAGCGAGAGAUCAGAGACGAAGCUUUCCAGAAAAGUACUGAACUUUUGAUUCCCUCUUGUUCAUGAAUCAAUACCCAAGUCGACAAUUUUGGAAGCCAAAGAUUCGAUUUUGGAGUCUCUCAAACCUGAAGGGAGCCCUUUGAUUGUUAGAUUUGAUUUCGUCUCGAGCUUUUCGUUGGAUCCGAGAAAAAGGUUUUGUGCUCUGAAGAAUCUGAGGUUGAGCUAAGGCACACGUCGAUUGAUUUGUUCCUUUGGUGUUCUAUCAAAAGCUUUGGUUCACCCAAAUAAUCUUUGCUUCAACUCUCCAAACUCAAAAGGUUGAGGAAGUAUUCUUCUACGAGACUGCUUGCCAAGUAUGAAAGCUAAGGUAGUAGAUUAGAGCUUUGGUUCUGUCCUUCCAAGUAUGCAAGCUAAGGUACUGCUUGACAAGUAUGCAAGCCAAGUUACCUUCCAAACAAUGGGAGAUCCAAAAGACGUAAAAGGUAAAGGUCAAUACCACUCAUGGUCUGGACCUGAGCACAAGUUGUUAUUGAGGUUACUAGUGGAUGCAAUCAAUCAAGGUUUUCGUGAUGCCAGCGGCAAAUUCAACAAACUGACGGUCGAAUCCAGAAUACUAACAACUCUACAGCAAGAAGUUGGAUCUAAAAAAACCUACGGUCAGUAUAAAAAUAGGAUGAAAAUCUUGAAGGGUAGGUACCAAGUGUUUGCAGAUUUUCUUCGUUGUAGUUCUGGUUUUGGGUGGGACUCUGAAACGAAAAAAUUCACAGCAGAUGAUGAAGUAUGGAAGGUCUAUCUGCAGGCUCAUCCAAAUAAUAAAUAUCUGCGUGAUGAUUCGUUUGAAGAUUUUGAAGAGCUAAGGACUAUAUUUGAACAGAAUACUGCAACUGGGCAGAAUGCUGUGGGACUAGGUGAUUCUGUUGAUGCAGGAUCCUAUCAAUUUGAAGAGAACGAGAAGACAAAUGAUAAUAAUUUUGUCCACGUGAUAGAUGAGGGAGGAGGAAUAGAACACCAGCAAACAUGUGAACCUUCAUCAAGAAAAAGCAUUGGAGAAAAGCUUUCACAUAGAAAGAAAGCUAGGACGGAUUCAUAUAACUCGGAAAGGGUUUGUGAGGAAGUUACAGAAAUCAGUAGCCAAAUUUUUGACAUGAUUCAGAAAAGAUGGGUGAAGGAAGCUGAAGAAAAAGAAGCUGAAGACAAAGCUAACAAUGUUUGGGAUGCUAUCAAGGAAAUUCCUGACUUGGAUGAUGAUUUGCGUUAUGAGGCGAUGACCCUUGUUCACACCUUAGGCAUGAAAUCUGGUUUCGUGAAUAUGUCCAUAACAGAUCGUUGUGGAUGGAUUAAAAGAAAUCUCCGUAAACCAAGUGGCUGAAGUAACAUGAUCGGAGUUCUAAAGAUAGUUCGUCAUCUUGGAGUUUUUAUUUCUUUAAAGUUGAGUUUUUAUUAUUACUUUAGCUAUGGUUUUGUUUCUUCUUUGCAGAAUUGUUAUGAUUUUUGUUCUUUAUAUGUUAUGGUUUUUGUUUUUUUUACUACAAUGGUCUAGUUUUAUUUAUUUAUAUACGACACUAUCUUCUUGUUUUCUCCUACAAUGGUAUAAUUAUAUUUUACAUAGGAAAGUAGUAUAUUCUGUUCAAAGUAAACAUUGAUUUUGGCGGCUAAAUUUGGCGGCUAAUUCGUUAGGAUACGAUUCCUUAAUGAUUUGUGUAACCUUAUUUAUUUGUUCUCUUCUUCUCUAGCUAAAGUUCAUCACCGCCGCUUUAUAUUACGUGAGUAUCUAGCAUUAUUUCACACUUUGUUCACCAAUUAGACAGUUUCUUAUGACUUGUUAUUUAUGUUUUUGUGCAGAGAUUUCAAUGGCUCAUAUUGUUAAUGCAAAUGAAGAGAUACAAGUUAGGAAAAAGAGAAAAAAGAUGUCAAAUUUCAAGAUAGACGUUGAUAUUCUCUUACUGGUUUUUUCUAUCAUUGUGAAGGUACGUAAUGUCGCUUCACGUAUUCCACAAAUACAACGUGAAAUUAGAAGAUCAACUACAACACUUGGACAUGAAUACAUACAAAAUGCUUUGGUUGAAGAUCCUAAACAUUUUCGACAUCUAUAUCGUAUGUAUCCGGAUGUGUUUUUGAAGCUAUGCUCUAUUAUAAGAGUAAAGAUGGGAUUAAAAGAUACAAGAUAUGUUUCAGUUGAAGAAAUGCUAGCCACCUUUUUGUUCAUUGUUGGUCAAAACUCAAGGUAUAUUCAGGCUCAAGAUAGAUUCAAGAGGUCAAGAUUCUCAAUAAGUACGAGUUUUCAUACAAUUCUGAAAGUGUUAAACGCACUUGCUCCAAGUUACAUGGCCAAGCCUGAAACAACAGUGCCUCCAAAGAUAAGAGAUAGCACACGAUUCUAUCCUUAUUUUAAGGUACAUGUAGUUCUUCUCUUAUGCAUUUUUUAAAUACCGCAAAAAAAUUUACAUGUUUCUAUAUUUUAUUAGGAUUGUGUAGGAGCUAUUGAUGGAACACAUAUUCUUGCGAUGAUAAGUGGAAAGGAUUCAUCUAGCUACCGCAAUCGAAAAGGACAACUAUCACAAAAUGUUUUAGCUGCAUGCAAUUUUGAUUUAGAAUUUAUAUAUGUUCUUAGUGGAUGGGAAGGUUCAGCUCAUGAUGCUAAAGUAUUACAAGAUGCUUUAACAAGAAAUUUUAACAGAUUACAAGUUCCAGAAGGUAUGUCUGGUUCUUAUGAUUAAAAUAUUGAUGUGUUAUUUUUGUAUUUUCUUAAAAUUAUUUGUAUAUGUUAUAUGAUUUCAGGAAAAUUCUAUUUAGUCGACUGUGGAUACGCCAAUCGUCGUAAUUUUCUGGCUCCAUUUCGAAGUACUCGCUAUCAUCUUCAAGAUUUUAAGGGACAAGGCAAAGAUCCUGUGAAUCAAAAUGAGUUGUUCAAUCAUCGUCAUUCAUCCUUGCGAAAUGUGAUUGAGAGAAUUUUUGGCAUCUUUAAGUCAAGAUUCCUCAUCUUCAAAUCUGCUCCACCAUUUCCGUAUAAAACACAAGCAGAGUUAGUUCUUGCAUGUGUUGUUCUACAUAAUUAUCUUCGUAAAGAAUGUCGUUCAGACGUGUUUCCUGAAGAAGUUGUUGUCGCUGAUGAUAAUGAAAGUGAUGUUCAAGAAAUAGGUGAAGAUGAGAACAUGGAUGAUGAUGUUCAAAAUGGCACUCAAGAACAACAAAGAGUGAAUGCUAAUAAUUGGAGAGCAAAUAUAGCAGCAACCAUGUGGACAGAUGCUAUGCAUAUGGGAUCUUGAUGCAGCAACAGUUUACGUUGUUUUUAGAUGUUAUCUCUGCUACUAUGUUUUUAAAUUUAUCUUUCAUGUUGUGGUUUAUGAAUUUGGUUUUUUGAUAAACAAUUUUGAUCUAUUAUAUUGGCUUUUAGUAA